GUGUUUGCUUGUUUGGUGUGCAAGCAAGUUAUACUGACCAAUUCUAAACUGAAACCGCGUAAUUAAGAUUAGUAGCAAUAGCCUUUUAUCUAAGCUAGUUCUGAACUUUCACCCUGCUAAAUUUGUAAACUCCUCCUGCCUUGCCAAAAUAAGGGAAAUCUAUUCAGCAUCCUCCAAAAUAUGGCAUCAAAUGGAAUAAAAAGUAACUAGGGAUUAGGGGAAUGAGUCUACCAAAUCAAUUUUAUCACUGUUUUCAUUUGUCUGCUUUAUAUUUGGUCAAACAGAGGAAUAAGCUUACUAACUUGUGGUGUAGCAUGUCUGAAAAGUCCUCUCUCUCAAUAACCAAACGACAUAUUUUCACCCAUUUCUUCUUUGAAAACUUUUGACUUUUCUUUCUGCAGUUAUGGUGGUGGUCCUUAUUAUAAGUUCCAAAGAUAUUUACUGGUCAAAGUUUAUGAAGUUCCCUGAUACUGAAGCCAUGUAUCUAAAAGUCGCACAUUUAAGAAAGCUUUAAAGCACAAUCACAACUCCUUCUCCAACUAUCAGAUUACUUCUAAAGUUUUUCAAAUGCAUAAUCCAAGAUGUCAAUUCCUAAUUCUUUUCAUCCAACUUGUCUCCAUCAUUAGCUUUCCCCACUGCGCAAGGCAAAUAAUAGGUGAAGAUAAUAACACUAGUGCUGUAAAGGCGGAUGUGGGCAUAAUUCUAGAUCUGGAAACAGAUGUCGGAAAAGUAAUGCACAUAUCCAUCUUACUAGCUCUUGCAGAUUACCACGCCGCAAAUCGCAGUGCCAUUAGAAUAGUCCCUCACUUGAGGGAUUCCAAGGAAGAUGAUGUUGAAGCAGCAUCUGCUGCGAUAUACUUGCUAAAGGAUGUUCAAGUACAAGCUAUCUUUGGGCCACAAAUAUCUACACAAACUGAUUUUGUGAUCGACUUAGGGAACAGAGUAAAAGUUCCUAUCAUUUCUCCAGCAACAAGUCCUUCACUUUCAGUAAAGGAAAAUCCCUACUUCAUCAGAGGAGCACUUCCUUCUUCCUGCCAGACUAAGGCCAUUGCAGCAAUUGUUAAAAACUUUGAUUGGAGGGAGGUCAUAGUCAUCUACGAGGAUAGCUCCUUUGGGACGGGGAUAAUUCCACAUUUGACUGAUGCAUUACUGGAAUUCAGCACUUUAGUCUCCUAUAGAAGUGUUAUUUCUCCUUCAGCCAAUGAUGAUCAAAUCCUGAGGGAGCUAUAUAAGUUGAAUACAAUGCAGACCAGGGUGUUCAUAGUGCACUUGCAACCAUCUCUUGCCUCGCGCCUUUUUCUCAAGGCCAAAGAAGCCGGGAUGAUGAUGAGUGGAUAUGCAUGGAUAAUCACAGAUGUGCUAACUAGUCUUCUGGACCUGGUAGAUCCUUCAGUAAUUGAACAAUCAAUGCAAGGUGUUCUGGGUGUAAAACCUUAUGUUCCAAGAUCAAAUGAGCUUAACAAUUUCACCAAGAGAUGGAGAAAGAGAUUUCGUCAAGAGUAUCCAGACAUGGACCAACUAGAACUCAAUGUAUUCGGGCUAUGGUCAUAUGAUAGCAUCACCUCAUUAGCAGAAGCAGUAGAGAAAGUGGGCACUACUGCUACCCCAAAAUCAAAGAAACCAGACACUAGAGAGAACGUAACAGACUUAGAUGCACUUGGAACCUCAGAAGUGGGAUCUCUGCUCAUUGACUCUAUGCAAAACACAGAGCUAAAAUCAGGCCUAAGUGGUGAUUUCCGUAUAGUUGAUGGAGAAUUGCAGCCAUCCCCAUAUCAGAUUGUGAAUAUAAUUGGGAAAGGACAGAAAAGCGUCGGAUUCUGGACAGAGAAGGAUGGCAUUUUGUAUAAUCUGAAGAUGAAUGGUAAAAUAGCUAAAAGUAAUAAUAAGCAACUAGGGCCCAUCAUUUGGCCCGGUGAAUCUAUUAUUGUUCCGAGAGGCUGGGACAUACCCACAAGUGGGAAGAAGUUAAGGGUUGGAGUUCCCGUCAAAGGAGGGCUGGAGCAAUUCAUUAAAGUGGAAAUAGAUUCAAAAACACAAGCAGUAACUGCAACUGGUUUCUGUGCAGAUGUCUUCAAAGAAGUCAUCCAAUCUCUGCCAUAUGCUGUCCCUUACGAAUUUAUUCCAUUUCCAAUUCCAGAUAGCCUCAAUCUUCCAGACUAUGAUGAUCUUGUUUACAAGAUCACUUCUAAGGAAUAUGAUGCAGUUGUAGGUGAUGUGACCAUUUUAGCUAGCCGAUCUGAGUAUGUGGAUUUCUCAUUACCUUUUUCAGAGUCGGGUAUUUCUGCAGUUGUGCCAGUAAGGGAUGAUGAUAGGAAGAAUGCUUGGAUUUUCUUGAAACCUCUAAAGAGUGAGCUUUGGAUAACAACCGGAGCAUUCUUCGUCUUUGUUGGUUUUGUGGUUUGGGUACUCGAACAUCGUGUAAACACAGAGUUUAGAGGACCCAAACACAAGCAAGUUGGGAUGAUAUUCUGGUUUUCCUUCUCAACUCUCGUUUUUGCUCACAAAGAGAGGGUAACAAGUAACUUGACAAGAUUUGUCCUGAUUGUGUGGGUUUUUGUGGUUCUGGUGCUGACAUCAAGUUAUACAGCCAACUUAACAUCUAUGUUAACAGUGCAACAGCUCCAACCUACUAUAACAGACCUCAAUGAUCUCACCAAGAAUGGAGAAUAUGUUGGGUACCAAGAAGGUUCCUUUGUCAAAGACGUCUUGAAGCGCAUGAAAUUCGACAGCUCCAAGUUCAGAAGUUAUAGCACAUUGGAAGAGUAUAAUGAUGCCCUCUCAAGAGGAAGUAAAAAUGGAGGUGUUGGUGCAAUUGUUGAUGAACUACCUUAUCUCAGACUCUUCCUCAACAAGUACUGCAGGAAGUAUAUUAUGAUCGGUCCGACAUACAAGGCUGCCGGCUUUGGAUUCGCAUUUCCAAAAGGAUCUCCUUUGGUACCUGACGUCUCAAGAGCAGUCUUGAAAGUGGUGGAGGGAGAGUUUAUGAAUACCAUAAUACAGAAAUGGUUUGGGAAUGAAAUAGAUUGUCCACAGCAAGAUGGAAUGGCUAUAACAUCUGAUAGUCUCACGUUAGAUAGUUUUAAGGGCCUUUUCCUCAUAGCUGGUGUAUCAGCAGGCUCCGCUCUGCUGUUAUUCUUCCUCAUCUUCCUUUAUCAGAAUAGAGAAAUCUUAGCCACUGAUGAUUCAAUAGGGCAAAAGCUAUCUGCCAUAGCAAAAGUCUUUGAUGAGGAGAAAGAUAACUCUAAUUCUAAGUCAGAAAAGUUAUCUGAAGGCAAUGAAGGCCAAACGGCUACACUGUUCACAGCAAGUGAAGCUUCCCCUGAAAUAUUACCUGACCUUCCUUUGCAAAGACCAGAAUUCAGAAUUUCUGACGGCCUAGGAGCAUCCCCUGCUGCUGAAGGGUUCUCUACAACAGAACCUGGAACUCCAGUUCAUGAAACCAUUACAGAGACAGUUGAAGAGAGACUGAAUAGGGUCCUACAAGAGAUUGUACAGAGAUGAGCUAACUUUAGGGUUAGUUAAACCAGAUUACAAUAUAACUAUGUCGCUCCCUGGAACUCCAGUUCAUGAAACCAUUACAUGGACAAUUGAAGAAGGGUGAUACAUAUAGCUUGCUACUAUAAUUGUGACACACCUGAAUAGGGCCCUACAAGAGAUUGUACAGAUAUGAGCUGCUUUAGGGUUAGUUAUAGCUUUUUUUAUAAUGUUUUCACUCUUGGCCAUAAUAUUUGCAUCAAGAGGCGACUCCAGAAUUUAGAUUGAUGGGUUUAACCUUUAAGUUCUCACGAUUGAAUUUAAUGCACUACUGUACUAUGGGUUCAGAAUAUAAUACUUAUUGAAAUUUUACUAAUUUUCCACUUA